AUGCAGCUUGGCUCCAGUGUGGUGCUCCGUACUACCCAAGUCCUGGCUGACGGUCGCUUCCGGGACAAGCACCGACUCUUACCGACACCGACACCGGCGCCCGCAAAUCCGCACCCGCAAUCAUCUGCGAAUCUCCGAAUUGCUGUGUCAGGCCUGAAUUGCUUCUCUUCCACUUCUCAUCCUCCCUCCCUUCGUCCUGAGCCCUCUCCCCUCCUCCUCCUUCCUCCUCCCCACACCCCUCUCUCCCGCUUUCCGUCCCUCUCCAUCGUCGACUCCGUGGUCCGCCGGUCGCCCAUCAUGUCUGACAAGGCGCAACAACCCCUUCCUUUUGUCUACCAGUUCGCCGCAGGCGCCGUGGCUGGUGUCUCGGAGCUAAUCGUCCUCCCCGCACGGACAGAUUCUGGUGAUGUACGACUCCAUUGCUCGACGCUCCCUCUUUUGACCAUUGACGAGAAACUCGCACCACAAGCCAAUGGCUUCUGGUUGCUUCUUCUACUUCUUCGUCUCUUUGUUUACUACUUCCGGAUGAUCGUUAACAUGAAGGCGCUGUCAGGUACCCAUUGGAUGUCGUCAAGACCCGAGUUCAACUUCAAACCGGACCUGCGGUCCCCGGUGGUGAACACUACAAUGGCAUGCUGGACUGCUUCCGCAAGAUCAUCAAGCAAGAAGGGUAGGUUCCAAUACAUGCCCCUUUCCCGGCGAGGCUCCGCUGCUCUCUCUCUCUCUCUCUUUCGCUCUUUCGCUCUUUCUCAACGCGUCUCAUGCUCAUCCGCGGAUCGCGCCCACAGUUUCUCUCGUCUGUACCGUGGUAUCUCUGCCCCGAUUCUGAUGGAGGCGCCUAAGCGUGCGACCAAGUUUGCCGCCAACGACAGCUGGGGUUCUUUCUACCGCAAUCUCUUCGGUGUUCAGAAGCAGAAUCAGAGCUUGGCUGUGCUCACGGGUGCCACCGCUGGUGCCACGGAGGCUUUCGUGGUCGUUCCCUUUGAGUUGGUCAAGAUUCGUCUGCAAGACAAGGCCUCCGCGGGCAAGUACAAUGGCAUGAUGGACGUGGUGAAGAAGAUCGUCCAGCAAGAGGGCCCUCUCGCCAUGUACAACGGUCUGGAGUCGACCCUGUGGCGUCACAUUCUGUGGAACGCUGGUUACUUUGGCUGUAUCUUCCAGGUCCGUGCCCAGCUGCCCCCGGCCGAGCCUGGCAACAAGGCACAGCAGACCCGCAAUGACUUGAUUGCCGGUACCAUCGGUGGUAUCGCCGGUACUCUUCUCAACACACCCAUGGAUGUGGUCAAGUCUCGUAUCCAGAACACCACCAAGGUCCCCGGUCAGAUUCCCAAGUACAACUGGGCCUGGCCCGCGUUGGGAACCGUCAUGAAGGAGGAGGGCUUCGGAGCCCUGUACAAGGGAUUCAUCCCCAAGGUGCUUCGUCUGGGUCCCGGUGGAGGUAUUCUCCUGGUCGUUUUCACCGGAGUGAUGGACUUUUUCCGCAAGAUGCGCGAUGAAUAG